AUGGCACUCGUACCCCCAGCUCAGAAAGAUGGCUUCUCCUAUGCCGGGGAUUCCCUCUAUCGUGAAACGAGCAACCUGAACCGCCACCGUCGAGCGACCCUACCAGAGCUUAAGAAUCACUUCAACGGUAAUGGCACAGAGAACCAUCCUGCACACUGGUACGAAGCGCAACUCCUCCACUAUGGUCUGCCUCCAUCCAAGGUCAAGGGCACCGCCCAUAAGCGUCUCUUUGAUGCGGUCAUGGGGGGCAGCCUUGCCGUGCCGCUGCAGAUCCAGAAGAUCGAGGCCGACCUGAAGAAGGAAUGGACAAAGAAGGAACGAGAGGUGAAGAAGAUGUUGAACGAAUCUGCCACUACGAAGCCAGCGGUAAAGGGUACAAAGCGCAAGGCAGACCAGGUAUCGGCCUCGACGAGUGUCAACGUCAACGUCAGUCUUAGCGUCUCGAGAACCGGAGUGAUUGAGGUGCAGGCUACACAGCCUGCUACAAAGAAAGCCAAGGCUGCCCCGAAGACCACGGUCGAGGACAAGAAGGUCACGCCGGCUGCCGAACAAGCCUCGUCCACCGUUGCCCCUCAGGUGAAGAAGCAAACCGCUAGGAAGACGACGGCCUCAAGCACAACGCGUAAAGACGGGAAACCCACGACAGCUAAGCAAAAGGCAAUGGCUACGAAGACGACUGCUAAAGAAAAGCAAGCCGUGCCGACCAAGUCAACAAAGCCUGUUGCCAAACCAGCUGCGAAGGCGAAGGGGGCUACAAGCAGAGCUUCUAAAUACUUGGCACACUCUCAAGGCGAAAACAACGAUGCACCACCACCUUAUUCGGAGUACGACCCAGGAUCUGCCUCUGGGUGGCGAGGACCUGAGCAGUCGAUCUCGCCGUCGAGCCCUCGGCGAAGGAUUGGCCUGCUCAAUGGACGAUACGACGUAUCUUGUGACCACGUCGAGGCAAACUUUGAAGAAUAUCGGGACCGAUUGAACCUCAUCGCAACGCUUGACGGGAACAAUUUGUGGCUGAAUUUCAAUUUCGGCGUUGCUACGGGCAUGAUGAAAGUAGAGCGUCCAUAUGAAGUGACUAGGGAUCAUCCACUAACAGUGUUCUGGCGUGGGAAUGCCCUUCCGAGGCAGAGAUACGACCGUAAGCUGUUCAACAUUGACACGUAUGAUCGCGCUGGUUCGCUCAACGGGCUUUACUUCAUGGGUGAGGGUCACAUCCGAGGAUUCAUUCGAUACGGCUCAGAGGAAGAGGAUAACCAAGUCGACUUGAAGUUUGAUGCUUAUCGACGACCGGGUCAGUCAAUGACCUCUGAGAUCAGCCCUACUGAGGCGCGUGAAAUAUGGGCUUCGUUGGAGUCACGAGAAUCAUACUAUUCCGAUUCUGAGCGAGGCUCAUACCGCUCAGAUCCAGAACGAGUCCCAUACGAUUCACACUCGAGUUCAUCUGGCGGAUAUUAUUGA